UGAGUGAGUAAGUGUCGAAGCCAAGUCUUAUCAUUGCGUCUGACUCAUUCAUGCGCUCACAAUACAAACAGAAACAACAACAAACGGUGGCAUUGUUAUUUGUUGUUAUUCAUUGAUCUUGAUGCUUUGUUCUCAAUGUCUGGCUUCUUUGAUUACAUUCCAAGCGGCAAGUGUUGGCUGCUGGUGCACCGAUCGAUUUUGUGAGCUCAGUUUGAGAAGUGGCGUCAUUGGAAGCGCUUUAUUGGUGAGAAGAAUUUCUUUACUUUCAAGAAAGUAAAUUUUACGCAGUUUGGAUUUAAAACUUGUUGCAACAACAACAAUGAGUCGCAGUGUGUUGUUGUUAUUAUUAUUACCCAUCCUUUGUGGUCUGGCUGCCAAGAAUGCAGCCUCAAAGGUAGUUUGUAGAGAUGAAGAUGGCGCGCCAGUUGAUUGGUUCUACAUGUACAAACUGCCGCGUAUACACACGCAUUAUGGCGCCCGACGCAAUAGCAGCGGUUUCAACUACCUCUACAUCACAAGCGCCAACUAUGAUGCCUGGCGUUUAUCCACACACGAGGUCACCACCUCGGAAUCGAUGCCGGGCAAACUGCUGCAGCCACUCUUCGAUGACGAACGCGUGCUGAUUGUCGCCUACAAUGAUCAGAAGCCCAAUAGCAACUCGAGCACAUUGAAGGCGCACGCUAAAGGUCUGCUCGCAACCGACGGCGAGUCGGCUGUUUGGUUGGUACACUCCGUGCCGCAUUAUCCAGAGAUACCCGUCUACAAAUAUCCACUCACUGGUGGCCGAUAUGGACAAUCUUUUCUUUGUAUGUCAUUGCAAGCCAGCGAAGUGGAUAAGGUCGCCACACAGCUGCGUCUUAUGGCUCCACUCAUUUACUAUAAACGCACGCCAGCAAAAGUGCUCGCCCAGUUUCCCAUCUUGGAGCAAGUUGUCGCGGGCAAGUGGCAGACUGAGGCGCCAUUUCAGAAUAAAGUCAAGCUAGAAACUUUGGGCGGCACGAAAUUCAAAUCUUUCGCGAAAAGUGGUAAGGCCGUGACGGAAUUAUAUGAGGACUUUAUAGCGCCCGAGUUGGAUGUAAAUCUAUUGGUGGAGACGUGGCGUAAUGGUGGCGGCAAUUUGGAGUCGAAUUGUACAAAAAGUGAUAAAGUCUUCAACAUACGCGAAAUUCACGAACAACAACUUCAAAUCGCUUUCAACACCACAUCGGAUCACUCGAAAUGGGCUGUCUCACAAGAGACUGGCCUUAAGCUCUGGCGUUGGCAUAUUGGCGGCGCAGAUUGGAUUUGUGUGGGCGAUAUUAAUCGACAGAGAGAGCAGCUGGUGCGUGGUGGUGGCAGCGUUUGUUUGAAAAAUAGCAAAGUGGCUCAACUUUACAGGCAACUUAUACAAGGCUUUGAGCCGUGUCCUCGUAAUGUCAAUCAGAAGCGAACGAAGGAGAAUGAGAAUUAGUUGUACUGAAAAAUAGAUUAAAGUUUUAUUCAUUUACUUUUAAUUACUGUAAUAAAUGUAAGAUGUAAGUUGAAAACCGUUUUCUAUAUAAAGUACGUCCCAAAAGUGUCGAGAAA